AUGGCCGAUCUUCUCCUCGAUCUGCUCGAUCUGCGGCAGACCCAAGGGACUGAUCCAAACCCAACCCCAAGGACGGCUAAACUUGAAUAUUUGACACAUCUCGCUGAACAGAGUUCGGCAGCAUCUGUCAUCGAUUCGGCCUCGCACCACGCCGGUCUAGCCCGCGCUCUGCCUACUCUUGUCGCUGACACGGCUGACCUACGCAAUGCAAUCCCUAAGCUCGACUCAGAGGCUUUGCGCUUCUCAGCCACAUACAGCAAGUCCAGUGAUAAUGAAGAUUUGGUCGAGAGAAAGCGCGCCCUGCUGUUGCUCCGCAAUGAGGAGCGACUGGUCGAUGUUCUGGAACUUCCCACCCUGCUGUCUUCGGCCAUCAGCACUGUCCCAGCCAAUUACGCGUCCGCUCUGGAUUUAAACGCUCAUAUUCGAAGACUUCACGCCUUGUAUCCAGACUCCCCCUUGGUGGAUCUGGUUUCUGAACAAGCCGAUGAAGCCAUAGUCAAGAUGGCGGCCGACCUGAUCACGGCCCUCAAGUCCCCCGGGCUCAAGCUAGCUGCCUCUUUGCGGACAGUCAGCUGGUUGAGAAGAGUUCUCCCAGACAUUUCUCCCAUGAGUUCCGCCAGCCGUGAUUCUCAGGAGAACGCACUUUCAUUGCUAUUUCUCUGUUGCCGUAUGGCUACCUUAGACGCCACCCUUGGUGCUUUGCAACCCCUGCGGGAGCUCGCCGACGAAGAGAGGCAUAGACAGCAAGGCUCCAGUUUACAGUCCUGGUCUGGGGGCCAGCAGACGGAGAAGUAUCUCAAGCGCUACGUCGAGAUUUUUCGCGAGCAAAGCUUUGGCGUCGUUUCCAUGUUCAAGAGCAUCUUCCCAAACGCCACGAGUCUGCCGGACGGGCCAGGCAACGACUCGGAAGAUCCAUUUCAACCCCUGCCACCGACGCUGGCAACUUUUCCUUCGCAUCUUGUCGAGAUGCUUCUGGAGACUUUGGCAGCAUAUCUUCCAGUCAUCAAAGACCAAGCUGCUCGAGACAGCAUCCUGACCCAGGUCUUGUAUUGCUCAGGCAGCUUAGGCAGGCUUGGGGGUGACUUCGGCAUGUUACUUGCUAGGUUUGGGGAAAACAACCAAGGAGUCACCAAACAGUCCGAGUGGAUCGACAUUGUCAAGCGCCACCGUUUGCUAUCAGGCCGUCUCGAGUCUGUCAUUGGAGACUACAAGGGGCAAGGGUCAAAGGAGUUGUAA